AUGCGCCUGGUGGACCAUCUGGAAAACAUGAGGAAAAAUGUGGCCGGGGAUGGUGUGAACCGCUGCAUUCUGUGUGGAGAGCAGCUGGGCAUGCUGGGAUCUGCCUGUGUCGUGUGUGAAGACUGUAAGAAGAAUGUCUGCACCAAGUGUGGGGUGAAGACCUCCAACAACCGCCCACAUCCGGUAUGGCUGUGUAAGAUCUGCCUUGAGCAGAGGGAGGUCUGGAAGCGCUCAGGAGCAUGGUUCUUCAAGGGUUUUCCCAAACAGGUUCUUCCACAGCCCAUGCCUAUAAAGAAGACCAAGCCCCAGCAGGCUGCUGGUGAUGUGGAAGAAAGGAGGGCCCCAGGUCAGAAGCCAGGCCCCGAUCUCCCCUGUGCUCCUGGGCGAGGAAGCCAUGGGCCUCCCAUGCGCAGGGCCUCUGAGGCACGAAUGAGUACAACUGCCCGGGACUCUGAGGGCUGGGAGCAUGGUCACGGUGGGGGUGCUGGAGAUGCCAGUCGGAGCCCAGCAGAAGACGAACAGAACAAACGAAGAGAACAGGUCCGAGAGCUGGAAGAGAAAUGCCGUGUGCAGAGUGAGCAGUUUAACCUUUUGUCCCGGGACCUGGAGAAGUUCCGGCAACACACUGGGAGUUUUGACCUGCUGGGCAGCAGCUCAGUGGCCUUGCUGGAUGUCCCCUUGGCCCCUGGCAAGCCUUUCCCACAGUACAUAAAUGGACUAGCCACUUCCAUAUGCAAAGGUCACGAGGGUCCCACUGGACACUACUCUGUGAUUGGGGACUAUAUCCUGUUGUCUGGAGACAAGCUGGAGCCUCUGUGUGUGAAGCCUUCCUUCCUGUUACGAUCCAGCAGCCCAAGAUGCAGAUUUGAGUCCGAGAUGGACAAUGACCGGAACUCUAACAACUCCAAGCAAAGCAGCUCUGGGAACCUGUGUUUCGCCCGCUACAGCUACAACCCCUUUGAUGGGCCCAAUGAGAACCGGGAAGCCGAGCUGCCUCUCACGGCAGGAAAGUACCUCUACGUCUAUGGAGACAUGGAUGAGGAUGGAUUCUAUGAAGGGGAGCUGUUGGAUGGGCAGAGGGGCUUGGUGCCCUCCAACUUUGUGGAUUUUAUCCAAGACAAUGAGUCACGACUGGCUGGUACUCUGGGGAGUGAGCAGGACCAGAACUUUCUCAAUCAUUCUGGCAUCAGCCUGGAGCGUGAGAGUUUCCUUCACCUUCACUCCCCAACUCAAGUGGACUCGGGCGUCACCGACAGUGGUGGGGGGACUCUGGACAUGAGCAUCCAUGACAUCGGAGAAGACAUUGUGCCUUACCCUAGGAAAAUUACCCUUAUCAAACAGCUUGCCAAAAGUGUCAUCGUGGGCUGGGAGCCCCCCGCUGUACCACCCGGCUGGGGCACCGUGAGCAGUUAUAACGUGCUGGUAGACAAGGAGACACGCAUGAGCCUCGCCCUGGGUAGGAGAACCAAGGCAUUGAUCGAAAAACUUAACACAGCCGCCUGCACCUACCGCAUCUCCGUGCAGUGCGUCAGGAGCCGGGGCAACUCGGACGAGCUACAGUGCACGCUGCUGGUGGGCAAGGAUGUAGUCGUAGCGCCAUCCCAGCUACGUGUGGACAACAUCACACAGAUCUCUGCUCAGCUCUCCUGGCUGCCCACCAACAGCAACUACAGCCAUGUCAUCUUCCUCAACGAGGAGGAACUGGACAUCGUGAAGGCCACCAGGUACAAGUAUCAGUUCUUCAACCUCAGGCCUAAUAUGGCUUACAAGGUGAAGGUCUUGGCCCAGCCCCACCAGAUGCCCUGGCAGCUGCCCCUGGAGCAGAGGGAGAAGAAGGAGGCCUGUGUGGAGUUCUCCACACUGCCUGCAGGUGAGCCCCCAGCCCCACCCCAAGAUGUCACCGUCCAAGCUGGGGCCACAGCCGCCAUUGUUCAGGUCUCCUGGAAGCCCCCUGUGCUGACUCCCACUAGGCUGUCCAAUGGAGCGAAUGUCACAGGAUAUGGAGUGUAUGCCAAAGGGCAGAGGGUGGCUGAGGUCAUCGCCCCCACAGCAGACGGCACGGCAGUGGAGCUGGUCCGACUGCGGAGCCUGGAGGCCAAGGCUGUGAGUGUGCGUACCCUGUCUGCACAGGGAGAGUCCAUGGAUUCUGCCCUCACAGCCAUCCCCCCUGACCUCCUGGUGCCUCCAGCCCCCCACCCGAGGACUGCUCCCCCACCAAAGCCAUUAGCAAGUGACCUGGAUACCAAAGACCAACACCUGGGUCCCCACGUCAAAGUGGAUGAGUCCUGGGAGCAGAGCCGGCCACCCGGCCCCGCACAUGGCCACAUGUUGGAACCACCUGACAUGCACAGUGCUGGCCCAGGCAGAAGGUCACCCUCACCCAGCCGGAUCCUCCCUCAGCCACAAGGAGCCCAGGCCAUGGCCCGUGAGGCUGCACAGAGGGUGGCUGAAACCAGCAGGUUAGAGAAAAGGAGCCUCUUUCUAGAGCGAAGCAGUGCUGGGCAAUAUGCCAACUCAGACGAGGAGGCUGGCUGUGCCUCCCCCGAGGUCAAGAGGAGGGGUACAUCUGUGGAUGACUUCCUGAAAGGGUCAGAGCUGGGCAAGCAGCCCCACUGUUGCCAUGGAGAUGAUUACCACACAGAGAGCAGCCAGGGGUCAGACCUGUCGGACAUCAUGGAGGAAGAUGAGGAGGAGCUGUAUUCAGAGAUGCAGUUGGAGGAUGGGGGCCGGUGCCGGCCCAGUGGCACCUCUCACAAUGCCCUCAAGGAAUGCCAUAAGGCUAGGAGUUUGGAAGGCGCUUUCCUGGAGCAGCCCGAGUUCCCCCAACAGCCCCACCGCAGUAAGAGACUGUUCAGUAUCCCCGAGGUAGCUGAGGAGGACAAGGAGCAUGGCGAGCCGCUGCUCAGGAUGAGGUCCUCCAGAGCCAGGGCCUUGUUGGCUAUGGAUCGUAGGCCAGUGAGGUCCUGUUGGGGGCAUCCAGUCCUACAGGGUUCCUGGCUCCCUGCAGAGCACAAGGGCAUCCAUAUGGAGGAUCUCUUUCUGGAAGACAGAGGCUGUCGGUUAAGCCGCUCGGCCACCAGGAGCCCGGACAGUGGUUUGGACUGUGGCAGUGAGGAGGAAGAAUCUGGGUUUAGUUUCAGGAACACCUUGGCCAAGUGCAGUCCAGGCCCUGGUCACUGUCCAUGUAGGAGAAGCCCAAGGCCCCUGCUGGCCCGGAGGCAGCUGACCCAACAGAGCAGCAUCGAAGAGGUCUUUGGGGAGCAGGUGGACCCCAGUGACAUCAUCAGGAGCGAUGAUGCCCAACUCAGCCCGGAGAGGCCCGUGCCCAGGAGGGAUGGCAGGGACGAGGCCAGCGACCACGAAGAUUUUCGGGGUGUCUGGAGGAAAAGCCCAGCCAUGCCCGACAAUAGGGCAGCUGAGCGUCUGGCACAGCCUCCUCCCCGAGUGGCAGACGGCCCUUUGAUUUUAGGAAACCCCACUUUGAUGGGGCGAGGAGACCGGAUGGAUCACGUGAGCCGAAGGUAUUCUCACAGUGGCGGAGGUCCUCAGAGGCACCGGCCGGCGAUGGCUCCAUCCAUUGAUGAAUACAUCCGACGAGACCACCUUUCUCCAGACUUCUAUGAUGAGUCAGAAACUGACCCUGGUGCUGAGGAGCUCCCAGCCCGCAUCUUCGUGGCACUGUUUGACUAUGAUCCACUGACCAUGUCCCCCAACCCUGAUGCCGCUGAGGAGGAGCUUCCCUUCAAAGAAGGACAGAUCAUCAAGGUAUAUGGAGACAAAGACGCAGAUGGCUUCUACCGUGGGGAGACCUGCGCCCGGCUCGGCCUCAUUCCCUGUAACAUGGUCUCCGAGAUCCGUGAGGAUGAUGAGGAGAUGAUGGACCAGCUGCUGAGACAAGGCUUCCGCCCUCUGAACUCACCUGUGGAUAAAAUAGAGAGAAGCAGAAGAGGUGGCCGGGGUCACUCUGUGCCCACACGAAGAAUGGUGGCUCUCUACGACUAUGACCCAAGGGAAAGCUCCCCCAAUGUGGAUGUUGAGGCAGAACUUCCGUUUUGCACAGGAGACAUUAUUACUGUUUUUGGUGAAAUCGAUGAAGAUGGGUUUUAUUAUGGAGAGCUGAAUGGGCAGAAAGGCCUUGUGCCCUCCAACUUCUUGGAAGAAGUGCCUGACGAUGUGGAGGUCCACCUUGCUGAUGCUCCAUCCCACUACUCCCACGACCCACCCAUGCGCUCCAAGGCCAAAAGGAAGAAAAGUGUUCAUUUCACACCCUAAUCAGGCAUGUAGCCUUCACGUAAGUGAGCAACCGAAGACACCUUAGAGAGAUACCGACUUAAGCUACCCUAAGCGGACAGCGUGGUAGUCUUAAGACUUCAAUGUGGGCUUAAAGAAAGAGGGAGAGAAAAGAAAUAUGUCUCAAAAAAACCCAUUGGACCUAAAGUAUUAUAGGCUAUCUCACCUGGUCUCAGUUGCCCAGCAACUGAAUUCAUAGUGAAACGAAUCAUCUUGAACAAUCAUUUUUAAAUAUGUCCAUUGAGAAUACGGGAAAGGCCAACCUUGGGAACAUAUUUCUUAAAGCCGUUUGUUUACACAGAGUGCGCCAGCGUGUACUCAAAAGGAAAACUGCCUGUUGCAUUGUUAGCCACCCUCGGGAAAAGCACAACCCGAUCCACGUGUUUACUGUGAGCAAGCUUGACUCACACUAAC